GUUGGAUUUCUUAGCAGCUCAUCAGAGCGGAUUCAUCUUGAUGAUGGGAGUAAAAUGACGGAACUAUUGGAUCGCAUUCCGCGGCCGAGCAGUUUGGUGUUGGUCGGGGUUGCUACGGGCUUGUUUUACUACAUUGGUCUCUUCGUGUACAAUGCGUACCUCCAUCCCCUUGCAAAGUUUCCCGGUCCGAAGCUUCGAAGCGCGACGCCCUUUCCAAACCUGUAUGCGGCUCUCCAUGGCGACCAGCAGUUUGACUACGCCGCGCUGCACGGGAAGUAUGGACCUGUUGUGCGCAUUGGCCCGGACGCGUUGAGCUACAUCACGGGAGGUGCCUGGCGAGAGAUAUACGGGCACCGGCCCGGUAAGACGCACAGCCAGAUGCCGAAGGAUCCCGUGCAAUAUGCCUCGCAGCCCGGACGAGCGUGGAGCAUCAUUAAUGCGCCUACCAUCCCAAUCCAUUCGAAAAUCCGACGUCUGCUGAACCCGUCGUUCAGCGAGAAGAGUCUCCGUGGCCAGGAACCGCUUAUCACACGCUAUGUCGACCUGCUUAUUGACCGCCUUAAAGAUCGCGUCGGCCAGAAAUCCACCAAUCUGACCGACUGGAUGAACUUCAUCACUUUCGACGUGAUCGGCGACCUCGCGUACGGCGAGCCCUUCGGCUGCCUCGAAAACGUCCAGAUGCACCCCUGGAUCCAGCUGACAUUCGACUUCCUCAAAACCUUCGUCUACGUUCAGGUGCUGCGCUUCAUCCCAGGCGCUCUCGACCUAAUGAACGUCUUGAUACCCCCAAAGAUGCGGAGGAGCCGGGACUAUCAUUGGGCGCUGACGGCGGCUAAGGUCCAGAAGCGUAUAGCGAUGGAAACGCAGCGGCCGGAUUUCAUGGGCCAUAUUAUUGCGACGAUGAAAGACGGGGAUGGGCUGUCGGUUAAAGAGAUGGAGGCGACUUCGGAAGUGUUAAUCGUUGCCGGUAGCGAGACGACCGCAACGUUACUGACAGGGUGCUUUUACUAUCUGCUAAAGACACCGCGUGCGUAUCGGCGGCUGGUCGAAGAGAUUCGCGGGACGUUUAAGGAGGAGAAGGAGAUCGGAUAUGACCGUGUUAAUAAGUGCCGAUAUCUGCUCGCGGUCUUGGACGAGGCGCUGCGCAUCUAUCCGCCGGUUCCGACGUCGAUGCAGCGAGUCGUCCCAGGCGCCGGCGAUUAUAUCGAAGGGCAAUGGGUUCCGGGCGGCACUCUGGUCAGCGUCGCGCCCUGGGCCGCAUACCACUCCGACCGAAAUUUCCGGGACCCGGACGAUUUUGUACCGGAGCGGUUUCUCGGGGAUGAGAAAUAUAAAGACGAUCGCUUCGAUGUACUGCAGCCGUUUAGCUAUGGGCCGCGGAACUGUAUCGGGCAAAAUCUUGCAUAUCUCGAGAUGAAGCUGAUCCUCGCCCGCAUGAUCUGGAACUUCGACCUCACGCUGCUUCCAGAGAGCGAACUGUGGAACCAGCAGAAGGUCUACUUCCUGUGGAUGAAGCCGCCACUGUAUGUGAAGUUGUCGCUAGUCGAACGGGACGGCACGACCAGUGGUUAGCAUAAGACAUGACGCAGGUGAGGAGGAGGAUAUUUCUCAUAAGUAGAUAUGUACCAUAGUGUGUGCAAUAUAUUGGCUCCACUGUGGAUUCCUGUACGCCGCGGCUGGUAGUUUCUUAAAACUGAG